UAACUGUGUACUUGGAAGCAAUAACAGAGGGAAGAUUGGUAGUCAGAUGUCCUGGUGUACUGGGCCAGCAGUUGGGGAUGGUGGCCACAGCUCCUGUGAUUGCAGAGGAGAUUGUAUUGCAAAAGCCACCCAGUUCCACUGGAGAAUUAAAACUAAACAGAGCCAUUAUUUGACUUGGCCUCUUCCGAAUCCAUGGUUUCACCUCUUUGCUUUGACUGUGUCCUGGUGUGGCUGCUAGUACUCACAGGGUCUUUGGAAGGGGUAUACGUAGCUGAAGUGGGUCAGAAUGCUGAUAUACCCUGCACCUACUCUCCAACCACUUCUGAUGAUCUUGUGCCUGUCUGCUGGGGCAGGGGACCCUGUCCUGUGUUUGAAUGUCAUAGUAUGGUGCUCAGCACAGAUGGAAGGAACUUGAAAUAUCAGACAUCCAACAGAUACCAGCUAAAGAGGAAUAUCCACAAAGGAGAUGUGUCCUUGACUAUAGAGAACGUGACUAAAACAGACAGUGGGACCUAUUGCUGCCGGAUCCAAUUCCCCGGCCCAAUGAAUGAUAAAAAAUUAAACGUGGAAUUGUUCAUCAAACCAGCCAAGGUCACCUCUGCUCGGACUCCAUGGAAGGACUUCACUGCAGCCUUUCCACGGAUGCUCACCACCAAGGGACAUGGCGCAGAGACACAGACACUGGAGGCCCUCCAUGAUAACCAACAAACACAAAUACCUACAUGGGCUAAUGAGUUACAAGACGCUGGUACGACCACCAGAAUGGCUGUCUACAUCGGAGCAGGGAUCUCUGCUGGACUGGCUCUCCUUCUUAUCAUUGGCGCUUUAAUUCUCACAUGGUAUUCUUAUAGAAAAGAGAAGUUACAGAAUUCAAGCCUCGUCACUUUGGCCAACCUCCCUCCCUCGGGGUUAACAAAUACAGGAGCAGGAGGAAUGCACUUGCAGGAAAACAUCUAUAUCAUUGAAGAGAACAUAUAUGAAAUGGAAGAUCCAUAUGAAUACUACUGCUAUGUCAACAAUGGGCAGCAAUCCUGACAACCUAGAAGUUUAACUCUUUAAAGGCCACCAGAUCCCACUAUGUCAUUUUUGAGUGUGGUUUCAUCUUUGGAAACUAUGAAAUGUGUCAGCUCAUUGGUUUUAGAGACUCUGUCCACAGCCACCGAGCAGAGUUUUUACAUUUUCUGAAGAUAAUUAGCUCCCACAGGGAGGGAACUGUGACCUGCACUGUAGUUAGGCACAACAUUACCUCUGUGUUUCAGCCACCAGGGCUACCCAACUCAGAGACUGCUUAAUAGGAGCAUUAGAGCUCAAAUGGGCUUUUAUAUAGAGUAGGAAUUCUUAAUAUGCGGUCCCUGAAAUGCUGGGAAAUUCAGUCACAUGAUGGAUCCACAAAACUCCUGAAAAUAUAGGAAAAAUUACAUGUUGAGAUACAUGCAUGUCUUUUUGGACAGAAAGUCAAAAGGGGCCGCUGAUUUUCAAAGAGAUCUGUGACCUAUAAAAAGUUAAGCUACUGGAGGGGGAGGAGAUGGUCUCGAAUGUUCUCUCUGAGUCUCAAGACUUAUGCUUCUCUGAAUCUUGAUUCUUUGACAGUGUCACUGCAGAGCUCUCCUUUGCCAGUUAGGUAGACUGCCCAUCAGUUCCUGUGGUGUGGCAGGAGCUCCCAGAGAAAAAGGAAGUGUGCUCUGAGUGUGUUGUGCCAAGUUUUGUCUGGGGCGCACUCAACGGGAAAUAUCUCCCAGCAACUUCUCCAUUCAUGGAGAGAACUGGAACUCUGUUUUUCAUAGAAGAAGAAGAAGCAGUGACUGGGACACAAAUUCUGGUGGAAAGAAGGCAAAGGCCUCCAUCCAGCAAUCUAUAUUUAUCAGCAUCAAGUCUUUGGUGGAAAGACUGUAGUCCCCAAGCUUCAAUUUCAAGGUGGUGGCGACUCUGUUUAUCUUGCUUAUUUGUUGCCUGCCCAGUGCCUGACACAGCUCUUACACAUCACAGAAAUUUACUAAAUAAUCUUUGGAGUGAAAAAACAUAAGAAAUGUAGCCUUCUGUAGUCUUUUCCAUUGCAGGGCUUAGAUAGAGCUCUUCUCGGAGAACUCACAGAUACUCCUAAGAUCCCAUAUCUGCUCUUACCCAGUUCAAAGUGGUGUUUGUUUCUUAGCAUCAUCUCCAGCUCAGGCCUUUGGAGGUCUGUUACUCUCUUGUCUGUGUCCUCCUUUCUCUUCUCUUCUCUCCUCUCCUCUCCUCCUUUCCCCUCCCCUCCCCC